AUGGAGGAAGAAGCGCCUUUCCGCCCGACCCCGACGCCUCCGCUGCCGCCGCCCCAGGAGCUGGUGCCGCUUGAAUCUAAGGCCAUGCCGUCCUACAACCGAGGUUUGAAGUCGUUCGCCGGAGAGGAGAGCAACAACAAUGCCCCGAUGGAGGUCUUCGUUCCUACGUUGCAAGCUGACAUGGACACUCCUUUCUUGGCCUUCCUCACCAAGCUCUCUCUGGUGGCGAGGUUUGACCAUGCCCGGGCGCCGCCGUCGCCUCCACCCGUGAAAGAAAUAUCGAGAAACAGGGAUGGUGGUCGGAGCUCGCCGGGGAGCUGA